CCGGGAAUCCAGAACGUCACUGCCAGAAGCCGCAGUGACUCGGUCACCAGAGCUGAACCGCAGCAGAGAUAGCAGUAAGCAGGCACUUCCACGCCGCGCAGGCUAACUCGCUUUCGGCUUUGGUUCGAGAUGGAGACCCGUAGGACCGUGAGGAGCUCCAGCGCUCACAACUUCAAGAGUGGACUGACCCUUUGGUUGAUUCUGUGGCUGGUGGUGGUGAAGCCGGGCGGGGUUUCUGCAUGCCCUAAGCUGUGUGUGUGUUACCCUACGCCCAUGACGGUCAGCUGCCAGUCCCAGAACCUCACCAUGGUUCCAGCUGGAGUACCCUACGACUCCCAACGAGUCUUCCUGCAGAACAACCGCAUCACAGAGCUUCGCGCAGAUUCCUUUGGCUUCGAGACACAGGUGCUUUGGCUGUACGGAAACAACAUUACAUGGAUUGAGGCCGGAGCUUUCAGCAACCUCAGGAUCCUGGAGGAGCUGGACCUGGGCGACAACCCUUUGCUGCGGCACCUGGAAGGUGGAGCAUUCAGGGGGCUGGAGAAGUUGCAGAGCCUGCACAUGCAUCGCUGCAAGCUGGCCACUCUCCCCCAUGAUAUCUUCCACAAGCUGUACAGCCUCCAGUUUCUCUACCUGCAGGAAAAUCAACUCCAUUCUCUGCAGGAUGACCUCUUCUCAGAUCUGGUCAACCUGUCCCAUCUUUUCCUGCACGGGAACCGAAUCCGUGCCCUCUCUGAGAAUGUGUUCAGAGGCCUGGUCAACCUGGACCGCCUCCUUCUCCAUGACAACCGCAUCCGGCAGGUGAACCGUCGGGCUUUCCGUGAUCUGGGUCGCCUGACGAUCCUUUACCUUUUCAACAACUCUCUGGCCGAGCUGCCAGGCCAGACCAUGAAGGACACCCAGGGCAUCCAGUUCCUGCGCCUCAACAGCAACCCCUGGUCCUGCGGCUGCGAGUCCCGUCCCCUCUGGGAGUGGUUCCGCAAAGCCCGCAUCUCCUCCUCGGAAGUCGUGUGCACCUCCCCAUCCCAGCGUCGUGGCCAGGACCUCCGAUUCCUGCGUGAGAUGGAUUUCGCCCUCUGCCCCAUGCCUGACCCAGGCUCCAUGGCCGGAACCACAACCACCACCUUCAGCACCAAGACUCGCUGGUGGUUCUCCAAGCACAAGCCUGCGUCUUCAUCGAAGGCUUCAUUCCAGAAGAGCUCAGAGGGUGUGAAGACCUUACCCUUCUCCCCCGUAAAGCCUCAGUAUCCCCCCAAGAAGCCCGCUGAGACCUUACCCUACAAGUACGAACUGUCCGCAGACGAGGCAGCUCUUCCCAAGCUGGAUCCGGAAGAGUACUGGGCCAACUACGGAAAUGAAGACUCCUCCAUCCGCUGCAUCGAGCUGGAUUGUGCUCCCAGCUAUGACAGUGCAGCUUUCCCUUCAUCCUCCUCUUCAACCGUCACUCCAUCCCAUCUCCACUUCCUCUCUUUCUUCAUAGUAACACUCCUACUCCGUUUCCUGUUAAGCUGAGCUGUUUUCUCCUCUCACACCUUCUCUUUCCUCUAAGUUUUCCUUCUGCUCUUUCUUGUUCACGCUAAAGAAAUUGCAUCUUGAUUCCCUUCGGUUGCCUCCUGCACAUUCGUGGGGGAUGAUUCAGUGAUGCAGGAGAUGGACGAGGCAGCAGGGAGCUGUUUCGGAGCAAAGAGCAGAGGUCAGAUUAGCUGAGGCAGAAAACGACAAGUGAGUGCAAGUAAUCUGGUGGGGUCUUCAGAUGCUACUUGUGACAUCCCAGUCCAAGCGAUGCAGGCUCCAUGAUCUAAUGAUUGUCUAAUCACUGUUUAUGUCAUGGUAGCUGCGUACAGCAGGGGAUUCACAGUUUGGCUCCACCAGAUGUUAGAACAAUAUGCAGAUCCUGAGAAGUAACGGAAGUGAUGAAAAGGUUCAAACGCUUACCAGCAAACAAGCACAGUAAAUACAGCACAGAAUCACUGUAGAUAAGCUUAUUUCAUAUUGUACAUAGGAUUAACAGGAUUUGUACUUUUAGUAAGAACAGUUUGUAUUAGGUUCAUUGAUUUUUCAAUGGAAGGAAGCCUAAGAAUACGUGUUAGCUCGUACAGUUUCACCCAACCGUCACUCUGGCCUUAUUUGCUUUCGUGUUGUUUCCUGGACUUUUGCAAUUCUCAGUCUGUUUUGAUUAUGUUUGUAAAACUUGUUUUCGUGUUUCUAACUGGGACAUUUUUCACAAAAAUGAUCAUUUGAAAAUGCACGACUUGCUCUGGAUUUGACCAGUCCACCGGUUCAUCUGGUUUCACCAGCAUAUAUGCAAAAUAUGGUCAAACAGAUCAUGACAAUCAACCAGAUGUGUCUGCUCAUUCCAUGAUGGAGCUGCAGCUUUCUGUCUCCUGUGUCUGUGGUAGAAAAGUGACUGCCGUGGACUGAUCCUGCGUUGUCAAUGAAAGCAAUGUGUUUGUGACCAACCCUCCAUGUUUCAUCUGAAUCAUGACAGUGAGUUUCUAAACUGAUCAUACUGUGAUGUUGCUGGAUUUUGUAUUUUUAAUGGAAGAUGCUGUUGAAGUGUUUUAUUUAAUAAAAAAAACUGAAUUCA